ACCCAAUGCCACAUGCUAGAUGUGAAACACUUUGUUUUGUUGUAUGGAUGCGUUCAGUUGUCUGUCUUGGGAGGUAUAUCUUACUUUAUAUUUGCUCCAGAUUUUGCUGCAUGUUUGUGCUGAGGUCUGUAACUAUCCCCAGAGGACCUGUUGAAAGCGGUGGAAAUGUGCAGUUACUGUCCUCCUAAGGAAUUGCAUCGACCUCCCGGAGGAGAGAGGGAUAUAGCCUCAAGCUCGGCGGUCCAGCCUGCUGUGAGAGAGUCACUGGUCAGUGAAAUCGCUCUGUUUGAUCGCAGCUGAGCAUCUGCUUCUACUUGACCAAUGUCAAGAAUCACAAAUGUGCAGGAGGGUUGAUGUCAGGCUGGCACCCACCACCUCUGAGGCUGCAGGAGGAGCUGAAGGUUGGGCUGUGUUCAGCCCCAGGACUCCGUGUGCUGGGGCUGGUCCCUGGAGGCAGCUCAUUCAGCAAGCAGUGCUGCACACUCGACGUGCGCAUUUGGCUCAGACUCAUAGCUAAAUUAGUCCAUUUGUAUUGGCAUAGGAUGACAGGGCUCCUCCAUGCCUCAUGGAUAGAGAAAUUACCCUCCUGCACAUCUGCAGCCAAGGCUUCCCCGUGAAACCCGGCCGAGUGCAGCUCCCCAGCCUGCAGCAGCUAUGACAUACCCUGUAAGUGAACUGAUCAGCUGGAGGGGAGCUGGCGGGGAGGCAGGAAAAGGCACUUACAGAGUCAUUCAGGCGAUGCUCAUGUCUGGACAGCAGGACCUCUACUGCAAAUCAGAGUGAAAGAGCAGAGAGCUCUCCCCAGCUGGCGCGGGGAAAUGAAACGUAGAUACCUAGCAGAUUUCCGUUUUCAGCUUAGAGGGUGCAUUUUUCUGGAUUUUUAGUGCUUGGACUGGUAUAAAUGAGACAGCCUUCAGUGAACAUACGUAUAACAUGGGCUGCUGCUGUCACCAGUAGCUCAGCCCUGGCCUUAAGUUAUGUACUUCAGUGUUCUCUAGGGUGCCCAGCAUCCCAGUUAUUUCCGAAUGUAGAUCAGUGUUCCCCACGUUUUAUCAGCUUCUCAGCAUCUUCCCCUCACUUCUCACUAUCAGGUUUGGUGAAAUCGCUGCUACGAUGGCAGAUGGCAUCUUAGGCGGCUCCAUGGACUACAGUUUCUCACUAUUGCAGCACCAAGCUGCGGAGGUAUGGCCUUGAAGAAUCCUUUUCCUUUGCAGAGAAGUAGACUGUGAAUGUGGGUGCAGCUGGGAGAGACCGAGCAGGGGGUGGCAGAUGGGGGAGCUGCACCUCCGGAACAAAUACAGGCUCUGCGUGCGCCGGCACUGUGGGUUGCACGGCCCUGCCCUGCUCAUAUGAGAAACUGUUGAAAAGCUGCAGUCGUCAGAGGGGUAUUCUCCACGCGCGCCGGAGCGGCAAUGUGAAUUUGAGCAGUGAGAUGACAAGAAACCUGCGAAAAGAAAGGAAGAAAGGAUUUCCUGCCUUUCAGACACUAAGCCCCCAUUUCGGGAAGCGAGUGGCUGCAAAAGGAAUGAGGCAGUUCAAAGAAUCGGGGCUGUGUGCUACCGGACCCUCCGAGGGUUUGUCUGGUGGAGGAGAAACAGCUCUUGCUUGCUUUAACCUGCUCCCAGAAGGUCUAUUUCUUCCAGCCCUCUGAAAUGGAGAGUGGGCAAGAGAUGAAUAUGAGUUUUCUUUGCCAAUAAUUUCCAGCACAGACUGCACGCAAAAUCUUCAUUUAAAAUGUGUAAAUGACAGUGAAGGAGCCACAAGGGAGCCAGAUUUUAAGAGACCAAUUUGCUGCCCUGCUUUUAGCAAGUGUGCACAGCAGCGGGCCCGCGCUGCUCUGCUGCCGUGUGCGCACGAGAUGCGGAUCAGACAGACGGACGGACAGGCAGGGGCUCAGCAGAGCCCACAUGUCACUCUGGAGGAUAAAAUAUCGUAUGUUAUGCUUGGAAAAACUGGGGGAGGUGAGCCUCUGUUACUUCUGAAGAACAGAAAGGGGCUUUGUUUCCUGGUCGCGUGGCUCGGAGCUGCCCUACGGCACGUUUCGGGGAGGCUGCUCCCUGCCACGGGGGAGUCUGCCUGGUGCCUCAUGUCUGGUGGGACGUGGGGGAGAUGACGGGAAGCUCUGCUUCACUAGAGGGCCUCAGCAGAUUAAUUCCUCUGAACGACCUCGGUCCCCCUGGGCUCAGCAUGUUGCACGCCCAAAUCAGACCCGAUCAACAAGGUCCCCCCCUCAUACCAGGGCUUGCCCGCCAGAGGCAUUGCUCCCCUCUGCCCUUUGCUUAGUUUUUGCUGAGUCCUUGACUCCUGGCUUUGGUUUCUGGCUGUCUCCUUCUGGUUCUCACCCUGCCCAGCUGUUCUUCCCUAAUGCCGGGGUCCAAAUACCCCACAGCCCAUUGCCUCAGUGCUGCCCGGGGCUCUGCGCGGGGCAGCCCACUUAUGCUGUCCCAUUUGUGCUCUGGCUGCGGGGAGGAAAGAAAGACACGGGCUGGUGUGAGCCCAGCCUCUGCUUUACAAUCUCUUUCCUGCCGCUAUAAAUAAGCUCGUUGAGAGCCACUUCAAAGGGAAGGGCUGGCAGUGGAGAGGAGGUUUGGGGACCAAGCGGGACAGGGGCGUCCCAUCGCCCGAUCCCACCCCGGCGCUUUGCAUAAAUAAAUAAAUCAUGCGGCGAGGGAGAGGUGGAGAGAGAGGGCGAGCAGAGGAGGUUACUUUGGGAAGCCGCGCGGCUCGCUCAUCCCAGCCCGUCGUUUGGAGGGAGUGUGUCAUGUUACAGAGGAGCCACGAUCAGCCAGAGCACAGCGUCGUCCGAGCAGCUGAGAAUUACCUCUCUCUAAUGGGGACUUUUAUGUGCAAGCUCCUGGCCGGUCUGCGAAGGAACUGAAACUGGCAGCAUAGAAAGAAACAAAAAACCAUCAGCGACCUAAAAGACUGAAAGACAGAAAAAAAAGAAAAAAUCUGAUCACCCUUUUUUUUCCUCUCCUAAUCUUUGCUGCAGUUGGAUCCAUUUUUUCUGCACCUUUUUAAUUUUUUUGGCACGCGUGUUUUUUUUUUUUUCUAGACAUCCCCAUCCACUUUUGUCAUUAUUGCUGUUAUUUGUCAUUUGCUGGCACUGGGAUCCUCUUGGACAGUCUUUUUCUAUGCCUUCUGGAUUGUGCUUCUCGGAGUAGGAGUGAGGCUUUAUUUAUUCUAUUUAUUUAUUUAUUGUUUCUCAGGACAGGGAGGGAAUGUUGGAGGAGAAGAGCUGGAAAGGCGUGGGUGAAGCAGCUUUUGACAGGGGGUGCGUGGCUCCCCCCAGGACCGGCGACGGGGAGAGAUGCUGUCGCCUCCCUCUCCUGCUGGGCUCGGGGCUGCCCGGUGUCUCCCUGCUCUCUCUGGUGCUGAGCCUCCUGCUUUACUUUCGGACCUCUGAUCUGCAGUCCCGGGUGUCCCACUUGGAAGCGGACAGACCCACGCAGCUCCCUGCCUGGCUCUCAGCAGACCAAAUGGAGACAGCUAUUUUGGGAAGAGUUGACCAACUGCUUGAUGAGAAAUUAAAGUUUCACUUGCCAAGACAUCGAGAAGUUCGAGACACACACCAGAGAUGCAACUGCCCGGCAGGUCCACCUGGUCCUACAGGAAGACCAGGGCUUCCGGGAGACAAAGGCGCGAUGGGGAUUCCUGGACGGCCGGGACUAAAAGGGCAACCCGGAGAGAAGGGUGCUCCAGGAGAAGCAGGCAUGUCCAUCAUCGGGCCCCGCGGUCCACCCGGACAGCCUGGAACUAGAGGUUUUCCUGGAUUCCCGGGCCCUAUUGGCUUAGACGGCAAACCGGGUCAUCCUGGACAGAAGGGGGGAGAUGGGUGCUUCAGGUCCCAGGGGACAACCAGGACCCCCAGGACAAAAAGGAGAAAAGGGUCAGUGUGCGGAGUACCCCCACAGGCUGUUGCCUCUCCUCAAUUCAGUGCGGCUGGCUCCACCUCGGUCAUAAAGAGACGCACUUUCCAGGGCGAACAAGGACAAGCGGGAAUCCAAGGUCCCCCGGGGCCCCCUGGCCCGCCAGGGCCCUCUGGACCGGCUGGACCUGAGGGAACCCCAGGACAGCCCGGGCCAAUUGGGCCACCUGGCCGAGUGGGAGAACCGGGGAAGCCUGGCAGAGAUGGAAAGGGCUUGCCUGGGCCUCCUGGACCAAAGGGAGACCCUGGGAUUCAGGGAUACCCUGGCAGAAAGGGGGAGGCAGGCACGUCAGGCCUGCCUGGUGCACAUGGCCUCCCUGGAGCUUCGGGCCCCAAGGGUGAAAAAGGGGAUGCCGGCAUAAAGGGGGAGAGAGGCAUGCCAGGGCUUCCGGGAAGACAUGGCAUGAAGGGUGCCCCUGGGUUGGCCACCGCCGGGAUGAAGGGUGAGCCUGGGACUCCAGGAGAAAAGGGACAGCCUGGAGUCCCAGGGAGGAUGGGCCCCCCAGGUUUGCCAGGGAAAAGGGGGCAGCGGGGGGAGAAGGGACGAGCCGGUGACCCUGGACUUCCCGGACUCCCUGGCCUGAAGGGCGAGAAGGGAAAUAGUGAGAAUGCCUUGGCAGGAGGUAAAGGGGAACCUGGCCCCCCAGGUCUGCCUGGGCCCCCUGGACCAAAGGGAGAAGCUGGUGAUGUUGGCGCUGCAGGACCGCAGGGGGAAAAGGGGGAGCCUGGUGCACUGGGAGAGCAGGGACCCAUGGGCCCACGGGGCCCCAAAGGAGAGCCUGGGAAGGAUGAAAUGAUGGACUACGAUGGCAACAUCAGUGAAGCUCUCCAGGAAAUACGAACUUUGGCCUUGAUGGGACCACCAGGACUUCCGGGUGUGGCUGGACCUCCAGGGCCACCAGGACAGAAGGGUGAAAUUGGCUUGCCAGGUCCUCCAGGCCAUGAUGGAGAAAAGGGGCCACGGGGCAAGCCAGGAGAAAUGGGUCCCCCUGGCCCUCAUGGGCUGCCAGGAAAGGAUGGACCUCCUGGGAUAAAGGGAGAGCCAGGCCAUGCUGGGGCUGCAGGACAAAAGGGGGAUAAAGGAGAGCCAGGACAAGCCGGCUCACCGAUGUCUGGCCCCCCUGGACCUCAAGGACCACCAGGACCUCCGGGUGUUCAGGGCCUCCCGGGACCGAAGGGGGAAGCAGGGAUUGAUGGAAUGAAAGGAGAGAAGGGUGUCCAGGGUGAAAAAGGAGACAGAGGGCCACUGGGAUUACCCGGUGCUUCAGGUUUAGACGGCAGGCCUGGACCACCGGGUACUCCAGGACCAAUGGGGGUUUCGGGACCAGCAGGACCAAAGGAGAAAGGGGCAGUAAAGGAGAUCCUGGUGUUGUAGGACCAAUGGGACCAGCAGGACUUCCUGGUUUACAAGGUCUGCCUGGUGACAAAGGAAUCCGGGGGGAGAGGGGCAAGAAAGGCUCUAGAGGGUCUAAAGGGGAUAAGGGAGACCAAGGAGCGCCUGGAUUAGAUGCACCCUGUCCGUUGGGAGAAGAUGGCCUCCCGGUUCAAGGCUGCUGGAACAAGUGAUGAUUCUAACCCUGGACUGGCCUUUGUGUGUUAUUUUACAUAGAAUAUUUAUUUUUAUACAGUGUUCUUCUCUGAAAUGCCAAAAGUUAUGCAUUUUUACAAAUUAUCAAGAAGCUGCAUAUUUUUUGUACAGAAAAUACUAGAUCUCCCUUCUUCCCUGUUUGUCGGUUCUCUGUAUAAUUCUAUGUCUGCUUUACGCUUGUUUUUUCAUGGAGUACAGCUGUAAUAUUUACAUGAUACUUGUGCACACAUGAUGAAUAUAGGAACUUAAUAAAUUAUUGCAUUAAAAAGUG